AUGAAGACUAACCUUGCAACCUAUAUUGACAAAGAAGGAAACAAUAUGCUUCACUUGGCUGCAGAAUUGCCUUCUCCAAAUCGACUGAAUAUCGUAUCUGGAGCAGCUCUUCAAAUGCAACGAGAGAUGCUGUGGUUUCAGGAGAUAAAAAAGAUCAUGCCGAACUCCUACGUGAUUGAGACGAAUAAAAAAGGACAAACACCUAAGGAGAUAUUUAUGAAAAGCCACGAAGACCUGCAGAAGAAAGGUGAAAAGUGGAUGAAGGGCACAGCAAACUAUUGCAUGCUCGUGGCAGCACUGAUUGCCACUGUGGUAUUUCCAGCUGCCUUUACAGUACCGGGUGGCAACAAUCAAGAUACAGGCAUUCCAAUCUUUCUGGAAACCAAUUGGUUUAGGAUAUUUUUCAUAUCAGAUGCAGUAGCAAUGCUAUUCUCUUCGUCUUCUGUUUUAGUUUUCCUGUCAGUUCUUACGUCACGCUACACAGAAAAGGAUUUCAUCAAAACAUUACCUCAGAGGUUGGCGUUGGGACUAGGUACGCUCUUAAUAUCAAUAGUGGCCAUGCUUCUAGCCUUUACCGCAGCCAGUUUUUUGGUGUUUCAAUGCAAAACACCAAGUGUUCCGAUCGGUAUAAUUGUCGCGGCGCCGGUUAUCCCAAUUAGUUUGUUUGUUAUGCUGCAUUAUGCUCUUUGGUUUGAUAUUUUCCGAUCAGCAUUUAUUUCUAAUCUUCUUUUCCGGUCACAGCAUAAGCUUUUUGAAGCUAGGAAAGAAUGGCAAUCUCCAGUCUGCAUGCAAUUACGUUUCGGUACAAAAUUUAAGCAAAUGAUCAGGCCUUCAGUUUGA